CAAAGGUCGAGCUUCCUGCGUUUGGCACCGCCACUUGUGGUCAAAAACUGGAUGGAUUUUGCGUCGAUAUUCCGCCGGAUCCUUGGGUGGAGAAACACUUGCUUUCAGCAACAACCAGCUGAUAAUAUUUAGCCCAAGAGAUCGGGUUGCAAAAAUACCACACCAGCAAAGUUCUCCGUGCUCAAGAAGCAAGAGUGUCUGACCGAAAUAUAUCCCAGAUGGAACAAUGAAAUUGUUACUGUUGCACUGUUGUUGAAUCACCAUUUCACAUUUAAUAGACAAAUAAGUUCAGGGGCAUUUAUUCCUUCCCCCUCUGAACGUUUCCAGUUUUUGCGUUGUUCUGUCACCUGUGUGGAAGGUUGAUUUGGAGGGAAUAUGAAAGAAGUCCCAACAUGACAUCAAGAUAUGGGAAAACCUACAGCAAGAAGGGAAGUACUGGCAGCUCGAAAUUUGAUGAGGUGUUCUCUGGUAAGCGUGCGAAGAUAAGCACGAAAUGGGGAGAGACCACCUUUAAGGCUCAGCUGACCCAGAAGAGACCGAAUGUCAAGCCAGAGCCAGUGGAGCAGCCCAAGCGGCAGAAGAUUGAAGACCAGCUGACCGAGGACCCAUUUGGGUUUGACAGCGACGAUGAUUCUCUCCCUGUGUCAUCACGGAAUCCAACCCCAGCCAAGGCGCCGCAGUCCGCAGAGCCCCCGAGACCAUCUGAUGGCGAUGGUGUGACCUCCCUGCUGGAGGUGAACAGUAGGAUGAGUCGGCCUGUUGGCGGCGAGGCCCUUGUGUGCAGCAGGUUUGCAGUCUUGCCUGAUACAGUCCAGGAGAACAGUUUGGGUCGAAGUGUUGCCUUGUGUUCAGAGACCAAAGAAGCCCAAGUCUCUGCCAACAGGUUGAACUCGCUGGGGAGUAAACACUCGGAUCCAUUGAGAGAAGGAAUUGAGAAAAAUAGUUUUCCCAUGAACAAGAAUGCAACUGAAAAUGAAAAGAAAGUCGAGAUGGCCAGUACAGGACCGGCUAGUUUUACAACUGAUGAAUUGCCCCUGGAUAGUUGGGAUGAGAUCAUGAAGAGCUCAGGGUCACCCUCUGAGAUGCAGCAGAGGACAGAAUUCCAGCCAUGGGUUGGUGGACUUGGCCGUAUUCCCUGUGUCAAAGACGAAGCCUCUGAUGGAAGGCACGGUAGACAUGGAGAUGCUUUCUUAAACCCUGAUAGGUCUAAGGAACUAAAAGGUAACCAGGGAAUGUUUGAAUGGGCAGAAUAUUCCAGCAUCAAGGAUGAGGAAAUAGAGAAUGACUCCCAGCCACUCAGGUCAAACUGCAAAACAUACUGUCGCUCAAAUAAAGGCAAGUCGGGAAGUGCUGGCACAACAAAUUUUGAUAAAGUAAAUGAUGGCACUGGGAAAUCUGCUCAAGCUGACCUGAUGGCCAAGGAUGGCUUAAAACUAGACACCAAAAGUUCAGGGACACCAGGCAAGUCAUCUACAGCUCGGACAGCUAGAGACACCAUUACCUUGCCCUCGUCUUAUCUAUCACCUUGCAAUGUCACGCUUCAGGACACCACAGACCGGAGCAUGGAUGAAUUCACCGCAAGUCCAGCUGACCUGGGAGAAGCAGGCCGCUUGCGGAAAAAAACCGAAGCUGCCGCAGGUAAGACUACUGUCAGAUUUCGGCCGACCCAGUCCAAAUCCAAAAAGGAUGCAAAGCUGGAGUUCUUUGGCUUUGAUGAGCAAGAGGGAGAGGAUGGUGCUUUCCACUCAACUGGCGGUGCAGCCAACUAUAAAAUCAAAUACUUUGGUUUUGACGAUUUGAGUGAAAGCUCCGAUGAGGAUGAGGAUUCUGAAUCAGAAGGCGGGCACAAGAAAAAACCUUCAGUCAGAAUCGUUGAUAUUGGGGAUCUUCUGGCGAAUUCGGAAUCAACAGACUCCCAAGGAAGUCAAUUGCAGUCUCAGGAGAGCACAAAUACAGAUCCUCUGGAGCUCACUGACGAUCCAAAUCUCACCUUCCCUGAGGUUGGUAGGAAACAAAUGAACAGACAGGAAAAAGCCAAGGAAAACACCAGAAAAAUCUUCCAUGGGCCUAAACGGUCUCCAACUAAAGCUGUGUAUAAUGCCAGACACUGGAAUCAGCCUGAGGCGGAGGAGCUUCCUUCAACACUGUCACAAUCUCACAACGCAGCAGGGAGUGCCACAAGCAAGCAGCCACUGGCGCAGUCUCAGGCAACACCGGUCGUAGCCACCACAAAUGAAACUGCUCAGAAGGAUGAAGGAGUCUUCAAAGCACCUCCUCCUCCUCCCCGCGUGAUCAAAACCGUAACCAUACCAACCCAGCCAUACCAAGACAUUGUGACUGCACUGAAAUGUAGGAAGGAAGAUAAAGAGUUGUACACUGUGGUCCAGCACGUGAAGCACUUCAAUGAUGUGGUGGAAUUUGGAGAAAACCAAGAGUUUACAGAUGACAUUGAGUACUUGCUCAGUGGAUUGAAGUGCUCUCAGCCUCUCAACACACGCUGCCUUAGUAUUAUCAGCUUGGCCACCAAGUGUGCCAUGCCCAGUUUCCGAAUGCACCUGAGAGCUCAUGGAAUGGUAGCCAUGGUCUUCAAGACACUAGACGAUGCACAAAAGAACCAGAAUCUAGCUCUUUGCACGGCAGCACUAAUGUACAUCCUGAGCCGAGAUCGGCUGAACAUGGAUCUGGAUCGAGCCAGUCUGGACCUGAUGAUUCGCCUCUUGGAGUUGGACCAGGAGCCAUGCUCGCGUCAACUGAACGAGAAAGAAAUGAAAAAGAUAAAGGAGAAAAUCCGCAAGCUCUGCGAGACUGUUCACAACCGGCAUCUGGACCUGGAGAAUAUCACGACGGGACAUUUGGCAAUGGAGACGCUGCUUUCCCUCACAUCCAAGCGAGCAGGCGACUGGUUUAAAGAGGAAUUGAGACUCUUGGGAGGAUUGGAUCACAUUGUAGAUAAAGUGAAAGAAUGUGCGGAACAGUUGAAUAAAAAUGAGGAGCAGGACAAACUGGUUGCGACGUUAUGGGGCGCGGAGCGCUGUUUACGUGUGCUGGAGAGUGUCACUGUUCACAAUCCAGAAAACCAAAGUUACCUUAUAGCGUACAAGGACUCCCAGCUCAUCAUGUCUUCUGCCAGGGCGUUACGACAUUGUGAGCAGUUGAUCACACGGUAUAAUCGGGAAGACAGCAAGAUCUGCCUCGCAAACAGCAAUUCUCUUCCUGGAUACAAUGCCUCGUGUUAUAUUGGCAAAGCAGUAGAGGACUGCAUGAGAGCCAUCUUUGGUGUUCUGCUAAACUUGACCAAUGACAAUGAGUGGGGCAGCACCAAGACUGGUGAGCAAGACAACCUCAUCAGUACAACCAUGAAUUGUGUGCUUCAGGUGCCGCAAUACAUACCUCAGGAACAGAGAUUUGAUGUUCGAGUACUGGGUCUAGGCCUGCUGAUUAAUCUGGUCGAGCACAGUGCUCGCAAUAGGCACUGUCUUGUUGACAUGGAAACGCCUUGCUCCUUUGAUUCAUUCUGUGCUGUGGAUGGAAACGACAGCUUGCAGAUGGAAGGACAGGUGGGAGCUAUCGAGGCCUUGGUGCAGUUGUUCCUGCAGCGGCAACGAGCUGCCCGACUGGCAGAGACUGAGACUGAUGAUUUCAUCAAAGACACACCAACACCACCUCAGGAUCAGAGUGGCCAGUGGCAGGAGACUGCCGGGUCAUUGGAAUGGGUGCAGUCAGAAAAUUGCACCAAGAAUGAUAAUGAUAAGAAGAAGGAGGAGGAGGAUGAAGAGAUCGACUUGAAUAAAGCGUUGCAGCAUGCUGGAAAGCACAUGGAGGAUUGUAUUGUGGCCUCGUACACAGCACUACUUCUGGGCUGCCUAUGUCAAGAGAGUCCGGUGAAUGUUACUACUGUGAGGGAGCUUUUACCCGAAGGAGACUUCUCCAUAAUGACUGAGAUGUUGCAGAAGUUCUUGAAUUUCAUGAAUCUUACAUGUUCAGUGGGAACGACAGGACAGAAAUCCAUCUCUCGAGUGAUUGAAUACCUGGAUCACUGCUAAAGGACGCCAAGCUUCUGCUCCGAGAGGCUAUGUUCUGUCCCUUGGGGUUCAGUCCCCUCCCUCAUCAACCAACUCAUAUUGUCAAGACCUUCUCUAACCCUAAAUAUGGAAAGCACCAAGGGGAAGCUCGCUCUCUGCUUUGUCAGUGACUGCUCUUCCAUGGGAGUUUAUGCCCACAGUACAGUCUGAAUUUCAGGCAGCAUCGUGAAUGAACAGGUUGGAGGCAGAGACUAAUCUAAGGAUGAAUGGCCAUGUGCUUUAGAUGUCAAGACACAGCUGAUAUUAAUCAUGUGUUGAAUUAUUCCAUACCCAUGCAGGUAUGCAAACAGCCCCAGUGUGGAGAAUUUUUCCUGCAAGAUCAAAAUUCAGAGUUUAAACAAAAACGAAAUGGCCUUGAGUUACUCAGCAAUAUUACAUUGUGUCUUCACGGUCCGGCUUGUUAUGGUUUAGUGUGGGUAUGGAAUAAAUCCUGUACCACGCAUGUUUUUAUGAUUACUGAGACAAAUGUCGACAUUCUUGGUCUGGUAGUCAUUGCUCCUGAGCACUGUGCACAUGGUCGCUGGGCAACUCAUUCAUUUGACACCAGUAAACCUUGCCACCCUCCAGAGCAGCUGCUUAUUUUACUACAAGCUGAACUGAUGGACUAAUGUUCCAUAAAUAGAGUUAACUAACACAGAUAUAUAAGUAUAUGAUAAGACUAUUUGGUUUACUUCCCCUGAUCCAUUCAGCUUGCACUAAAAUAAAUGGCGCAAGUUAGGCAACCGAGAUAUCAUUUCUUCGAUGAGGGUAUUUUUGUCUUAAUAAGUCUUCAUCCCAAAUUCUCUUGGACACCUUUUUUGAAUUGAGGAAACACACCAGCAGUGCUGAGGUCCCAACACGGAUUUGGUUACUUGUAAUUAUCUCUGGGUUGAAGUCUUACUGUAUCCACGGAAAAUAUGAGAUCUGCCUAUUUCAAGAUAACUACUUGAAGCUUCUUGAUAAACUUCAGUACUCGGUUGUUGUAUUUGAUUGCGACUAGUCUUUGAUUUCAUUUUAGGUGUUUCGGUGCUGUGGUCUGCUUUUUGAGCCCGUAACAUUAUCGAAGGCCAUUGGGAGCACCGGGGGACUGUGAACACUGGAGUGAGACAGCGUCCAUUUUCUUUGACUUAACUUGGAAAAUUAUUGUCGCGACUUCUACGAAAUACAUUGAAAUAGCUAACCAGAACAGGAGAAGAGAAAGCACUGGUACAUGAAAUAGAUUCCAAGGUUCUCCAUUUUAAUGCAUUAGUUUCUUGCUUUACUGAAACAGAUUCUGAGUUUACCUGAGAGCAGGGCUGGAUUAAAAAAAAUCCUCCCUCCAAUCGAUAAUUAUUUUUGAAUUUGGAGCCAUUUUCAGCGUCUGUAUGGGUAAUUUCAGAAAGUAGAACAAAUGUACGGAACAGGAAUUAUAGUCAUCAGCCUUUGCCCUCUCUCUGGCCACUCACUUCUAUACUCUUUUCCCAGUCCAUGGCAAGUCCACAUUAUCUGCGCAAGUUUUGCAGUUACUUCCGGAGACUGGUGAGAGCAGAUGUGUCUUUUAUAUUCAACUGAUGUGGUGGGGAGAAGGGUUGGGCAAUGUUCAGUGACGUUGAAUCACCGUGGACUCAAUCCAACAAAGAUAUGUUGAAUACUAUAAUAUGAGCAUUUUAAACUUAAUGGCUUCUUUCUCACAUUUUAAACCCCGAAGAAAUCGGCAGUUUUGUGUGUCUUUACCAGAGGAAUUAACUGAUAUGAUCGUUUUCAACCUCUACCGAGGCUGACAAUUCAGCAGCAUUUCCAUCCUUGUUUCGAAGUAGCCCGGAUGGGCAGUUGAUCCAUUUGAUGAUAAGCUGAUAAUGUGCUGCAAAAGCAGGCAACUGCUUCAAUUUGACUGGCUUCUCUAGAAAGCUGUAUUGUAGCUGGUCAAUCUUGCUUGUGACCAAUGAGGAAAAUGUCAGCCUGGUCUUUAAUUUCUUCUUGGUAUAGAAGUGGUAAUGGUAAAUGUAAGGAAGGAGGGUCCAUGUUUUAAAGUCAAAGUCAUUGUGUGGAAUAUGACCAACUGAGCCUCUCAUCAAGCAACUAUGUUGGAAAUCUUUGCAUUAUACCUUUUCACUAUUCCACCUGCUCAGUGACAUCUUAGAGUAUGAGCAGAGUAGCAACAAGCCUGAAAAUAUGUUGGUGGACGUCACUUGGAACGCAUCUCUAUCCCAUUGUGUUUCUGCAAAAUUUGCAGACUGCUUUAGAAAUCAUGGAAUUGCAGCAGGACUAGGUAGUUAUUUACCUGACCGUACUAAUGCCCCUUAUGCUUUUAACUACAAUGUGUUUUGGGAAUGCUGCUUUAAUAUUAUUGGAAGGAGCUGGCUGCUCUGCAUUAGUAAUGCAGCUCUCUAGAUCCAAGAUGCACCUUGUGUUUCUGUGUGGAUGAUUGGGAUUAUUUAAGUGUAGAAGACCAAAUGACUGAAGAAUUAGGAAAUUCUUUAGUGCCCUUGCUUUCAUGUUAAUUAACUGGGUUUUGCCCCCACCCAUGUCAUUUUUAACACCUAGAUAUAAUUAAGUUUCAAUUUUAUUUGUUGCUUUUAGUUAGACAGAGGUGUACGUGAGAUUGAUCCAGCCUUGCAGAACCAGUUUUGCCAAUAAUCUCCUGCAGCAAAUUGUUUUGUGAUUUAUUGAGACUUUUCUAUAUUUUCCUAGAUGGACUGUAUUCGCUGAUACUGAAUAAGUCUUCAAAAUGUGAAAUCUAUUGAGAGUUAGGAGGCACAAGUUUUAAUCUCUGGAACCCAACUUCAAACCAUCCUAGACUGACGGAUCCAACAUUCGGGACUGGUUGUAUAAUAUGUUGUGAGGAAUGGAUUGCUGCAGCAAAUGCCUUUGAGUUUAAUGAGAUUUGAUUCUGCAUUUGCUGGAUUGGUGUGCUUUCUGUCCUCCAUGUUGAUGCAGAAAGUGGUGUUUUAUUUCCUCCACUCGUGCAUCUUUUCUUGACGAGCACUGGGAAAUAUGGUAGAGAUUAUUGACAAUUCACUGCGUUGGGUCCGUUCAGAGAGCCAUUCAGUCACUAAUUACCCCUAUGCUUUGACUUUGUCUGCUCCAUCAGAUCUUUGCUGUCUCAGCAAUCUUCAAUAUCUGCUUGCUUUGUCAGGCUGACCACAGGAAGCUAGCUGCUGGUCAGUAAAGUUAUCUUCAUUCAAGACAAUAGAAACCAUGCAGAGAAUAUAUUUCAAUAAAAUCAUUUUAUCUCCCACUAUCCCCAUUUCUAAACUCUACUUUUUGAUUAUUCUUAAGUAUUCAAUGUCAUUCCCUGCUGGUGUUAACAUUGUUUGCUUUGAUGAUUGGGAGCUCUGAUUACAAUCCUAUCCCUUUUCCCAUUGUUAAGUGCCCAGAUUAUCUUCAUUGCUGCCUCUGUUGUCAUCAGGCUGAACUAAUGUUGUGAAGUUAAAAAGCCUUUGUUCAAGGUAAAAUGUCAUUUGUUGAUGUAUGUUGUUAGCUUAUUCUUCCCAACAGUAGGGAGCUAUUCUCAAUUCUUUCUAAUCUCAUACAAACUUCCACAGACAAUAACCUAGCAAUAUCAAUUGUAUUGGUAGAUCAUUGUAUCCAGGAAAGAGUGUAGAUGCUAUUCCUUGCAGAAUGUGGCUAAAUUAGUCUUUACUUCAAGAUGUACCAUUCUGGCAAAGACACAGAUAUCUCUCCAGAGAGGUUUAUCCCUUGCAUUCUUUUGCUCAAUAUGCUGCUUGAUGACUGCUACAGAAGGAAUAUCUCCUAUGAGCAACCUCCUUGGUGUUGGGUUUUCCGCACUACUGUUUGUGCCUGUUUCCCGAGAAAUGUAAAUCUAUACUUUGUAUUUUUAAUUGUACAGUUGAUUGAAGCCUUAGUGAUUUCACCCUGACUAAAUCUGGUUGUGAACUCCAUGGUGCCACUUUGAACACAUGGGGCAGGAGUUCUUGUGUAAAAUAUCAGUCACUGAGGUCAGGACAAGUUUAGUGGGGAAUAAAAUAAAUGUAUUUUUCCAGCUGGGUUGCAUUCUCUGAUGGUGGUAAGUCUUCAUUCAUAAUGUCAACUCUAUUGAGAAUUAAGAUUUUUACAAGGUCUGUCGAAGCCGUUCCCGAUUUCACUUUGUGUUUGGAAACUGGUUUUCCGGGAGCUGAUGAUGCAUGUUAGAUCAAGGUAUGAAACAUAUACUUUCUCAAAUCCUGUCACAGGAUUAGAUGAGAUUACAGGCCGUAAUUAUAGACAAUCCAAUGAGCAUUCACCAAGUUUAGGAACAUUUGAAACAAGAUUCCGUGAAUUUAAAGUUUCCAUUCUUUUUAAAGCUUGUUGCUUGCUGCAAGUUCAAUAGACUGCUCAGUUUCCCAUGUGGCUAUAGAAAGCUGCCACAGUUUGAGCAUCGACCCUCAGUUCUUAAUGGCCUGUUUUUUGUUUACUCUAUGAAUGUUCUUACUAACUGCAAUCAAGUCCAGAUUUGAGAUUUUAAAGCCAUGUUUUAUAUUUGUGAAGGUAAAGCUACUUAAAUUUUUAAAUCAGGUGAGAUUUGUUUAAUUCUAGACUGCAAUGCAACUUUUAUCCAUUCUAGUGAGGCUUGAUUUUACAAAACUCUUUGGGGUCUGGAUGUGGUGAUGACCCAACUCCCUGUCACUCAUUUACAUAAGAUACCGCAUUUCUAUGGUUCAAAUCUGAGGAGAUUACAGUUCUGAUCAUGAGAUUCACCUUGCCCUAGGCCCGUGAAGUGGGAUUGGAACAGCAUGAAGGAUUCAAAUAUAUCCAAGUGUCCCACAGGUCUGCAGCACCAAGUUUGAAUCUGCUCCCAUUCUUGAUAUAUUAGAUUACUGCUAGACUUCUAUAACUGAAUAUGGGGAAGACAUUUGAUAAUAUUUUAAUCAACUUGGGUCCACAUGUACAGCUACACAUCCAUAUCAUGCCUCAAAAAUUUAUUCAUUUUAAAAAGGAUAGGAAUGUUUGUGUUAUAAUGAACACUGGAUAAUUAGUUUUUAAAUAGUCUGACCAAAGUGGGUACAUUUGACUGGAUAUUUCCAUUCUUUCUUCCCCUGUGUUGACAUCACUAUCCUUUAUGAAAUGAACGAGUGGAGCAAUAUAACUGCCAUUAUGGAGCUCUGUUGCAUCCUGUUUGGCAGUAUAUACUUCAAGCAAUAACUCCCUUCCA